UGAGAGGACAUAUAUGUUGUAUCUGGCAUAACUUUUGUUUACGAGAAGGUUAUUUAGUCACAGACCUGAUCCAGGCCUCUGGAGUGUUUUCCAAUCAUGGAUGAGUCAGCGUUGGAAAGAUACAUUGACGAGUUCAUUGCCAAAGAACUGCCACAGCUGGAGGAGUCCCUCUGUUUACUGCCUGAUGAGCUCCUGACACUGUGCCAGGAUGACACAGGUGAACCCAGACAAACAGCAGAGAGAGAGAGAGGAACUGUUAGCACCAGUGUGGACUACAGCUCCCAGAAUCCCACAGCAGCAGCUGAGCUCCCAGGUGGGUCAUCCACGCUGGAGCAGGGGGCCUCCGCCGUUUGUCCCAUGACCCUCGUGAUGCCUGUGAACCAUGUGACGGAGCUACCUAAAAUAAUCCCAAAGAUAACGAAUGUGGUCGCAACAGCGAGGCUGGGCUGCAGUUUGGACCUGAACUUCAUUGCUCACAACACCUGGAACGUGGAGUACAAUCCACAGUGGCCCAGCAGGCUCAUCAUGAGGAUCCGUAAACCACGAACCACAGCGAUGAUCUAUAGAUCUGGGAAAAUUAUCUGUAUAGGAGCAACAAGUGAGCAGGAGUCACGGGUGGCGACCAGGAGGUUCGCUCGCAAAGUGCAGAAGCUCGGCUUUCCCGUCUCCUUCCUGGACUUUAUGAUCCAGACCGUGUCCGGCACCUUUAGAACCUUCCCAGUCAGUUUGGAGCAGCUGUCGCUGGCCCACCAUCAGAACUGCAGAUAUGAACCAGAGAUCUUUCCUGCUGUCUUCUACAACCUGAGACCUGGCCUCACUCUGAACAUCUUUGCAAAUGGGAGCAUGACUCUGAAAGGAGCUAAAAAUGAAACUGAAGUCUACGAGGCGUUUGAGACGGUCUGUCAGAUACUGAGCCGCUUCAGGAGGCAAAGAGAGACCCAUCAGACAACAGCAGCUCCUGUUUGCUUUUACAGCAACGGUAGAAAAUAAACAGAUUGUUUUAGACUGUGUUUCAAGGAGCUGAG